CACGCUCUUGGCGGCAGAGAGGUCGCCAGCAUCAGUCAGGUAGUCGGUGGCGGUUGUGGCGGUCGCAUCCUGACGAGGAAUGACAAUAUAACACCGGAGAGUCGGGUGAGUGAAGAUACGGUAAACGAGGAGUGAGUGAGUCGGUUGAUGACAUGUACACGCCGAAGCGGAAGACGCGUCCCUUGACAGAAAAGCUUGACAGCAGCCCAGUGAGCGAAGCGUUUUACCACCCGUUCUAUUGGAACGAGGAAGUGCGCAACGUGCAGGCUCUAAGUCCGGGUAGCUCGUGCUCGUCGCCAGAGUGCAAGGAUGUCACCUUGAUAGUCAACACUUGUCUAAAUGUUGGCGGCGCAGGCAGCAGCGGACCGUCGUGUACCACCACCGUCAAUGUCGAGAGCCAUCGCCGCGGUCGACCGCGUGCCGACGCUCUCACGAAUCUCAUGAUGCAGGGCAGCACGUCGCCGAGCAACAUUAAGUGCACGUACUGCAAUCGGGUGUUCCCGCGCGAGAAGAGUCUGCAGGCGCACUUGCGCACCCAUACAGGUGAGCGUCCUUAUACAUGUGAUUAUCCUGGAUGCACAAAGGCUUUUACUCAGUCCGGACAGCUGAAGACUCAUCAACGGCUGCACACAGGAGAGAAACCAUUUGUAUGCACUGAACCAGGCUGUGAAAUGAGAUUUACUCACGCUAAUAGACACUGUCCCGAACAUCCCUAUGCCAAUCUCACACGAUCAGAUGAUUUUGUGUUAAAGCAAGUAUCGGAUAACACCGAAUUGUCGAACGAUGUCAGUCGAUGGUUGGAGCGUUACAAAAUGUCCAGAGAGCGGGAAGACAGAACGCCAACUGGAAAGAACGAUCGGAAGAAGAAAUGGAAGAACAACAGCGAAAACAAGAGGAUAAAAUCCAGGAAAGGUCUGAUGAUGGACAUGGCGGGCGAACAAGAAAAUCUCGAUCGCAAACCGACCAGUCAGCGUCUGCACUGCGAGCAGAAGCGGGAUAGUCAAGAUAGUCAGGAUAGUCAGGAUAGUCAGGACAGUCAGGACAGUCAGGAUAGCCAAGAAGAAAGUCAAGACGAAGAUCCAGCUGAGGCGUGCUGCGCAAUAUUGCAGACAUCGGAAGACGAAGAAGCGUCGAGCGCUAAGAUGGCGCUUUCGGCAUUGAGGAAACCAUUGGACAGAUUACAACCAAAGAAACGAUGGCUACGAAACGCCUGUUUGGAGCAGCAGUUAGGUUUAAAUAAGGAUGUUAAUAGUUGUAACAACAGUCUACCAUCCGUAUACAAACUUGAUGAAAAACAAGUUCUCAAUGGACCUGCUGGACCUGGAGAAUUGUCUGAGAUCCAGUGGUAUCCUAAAUACGCCAAUAACUCAAUUACGAACAACAACAAUGAAAAGCACGAACUAGCACUUCCAGGCGCUCAUUUUGAAUCUUCAUACGAUACUUCGCCGAUGCCUUGGUACACGAAUCAUUACGACGAAUCUCCGAAAGUAACUGAAGAUAUCGCACAAGAAGUAACAAUCGCACACUCCCCCAGUCAGAUACAAUGGGAUUCUUCGAAUUAUUUACUGAAUAACAGGAAUAUUCUUACUAGUAUUGAAACUGGUAUUGAUAUUAACGAAUCACAACAGGAUCUGCGAAUUCCUGAAUCGGAUUAUUCCUAUAUUGACUGCGCAGCUCCGCCACCAGCUAGUUCCUACGUCAACAAGAACGAAACUAGACCGACGGUUUUGAUGUUGGCCGGUAGUUUUAAUAACAAUAAAGAGAUCGUUUCGCCUAUUGUAACGGCGGAAAACGUAGAAUCAAAAGUAAUUGACAAGCAAGAAGACGAUAUGAUUAAGUUACCGAUACAGGAAGAUAAUAAGGAAUGGCUAGGUGCUCUGGCACUGAUGGAAUUAGCCAAGACGCAAAAAGAGGCAACAAAUUUAGAUUUUAAGUAUGGUGUAAAAGACAAUUGUUUCACGGCUUCAUAAUUAUCAUCAUCAGCCAUUUAUAGACUGUGAUUACUGGUUAUUGUAACUUUGUUAUUUUUAUACACAACAAGAAAAACGAAUAAAAAUGCUCCUGUUCAUCAUAAUGUCAAACGCGCGUUUUGCUGCACUGGCAUGAGAACGCGACAGACAACUUGCUGUGAAACACACAUCUGUUUUUUUUUCUUUGCUUACUCUCACUACUCUACUAGCAUGAUUUUUUUUAUUAUUCACGUGCGAUAUAUAUAUAUAUAUAUAUGUAUAUGAAUUGUGUUUGUUUUAAUUCUGAUGUUUUUCUGAACUUUUUAAUUUCAUGUGUCUUAAUGUAUUACCACCACUUACGUGUAUACUUAUAAAACAGGGUAAUUACGUUUCGACAAUUUUUCCACAAUUUGUAUUCAGAGAUUUCAAAAAACAACCCGUAUUUCUUAUUCUGUCUUUCUCUCUCUC